AUGGAUUUUCUGAACUUUGUUGCUUUGGCCGUGAUUCUGACAUAUCCAUGUAUCCAGGCAACCCAGCAGAGUAGCAAACACAGCCAAGUUGUUCAUCGCAUCACACAGUCUAAUUCAGGUGUUCUCGACGGUAUCCCUACCCUGCAACACGGGGCGCUCUCUACUAAACCGUGGGGUUCUCACAGUAACGCACAGAUUGGUAACUUUCCUCCAAAUCAUCGUAGAAUUAAGGCAAAAAUCAACAAAUACGUCAAGAGAAGCAAAGGUUCGGUCACUGGGACCGAGGGGGUAGUACAAGACGAAGCAACUUCAGUUUUUGAUCCUGAUAAACCCUUUGACAACAUGAAAGAUCUGCUAUCCUUUAGCCAUCUGGUAACGACCAUGACACAGCAAAUGAGCACUUGCGAGUUGGUGGUGGCUUAUGACGACGGUUACAGUGACCCUGAGGUGUUUGAGGGCGCCCUGUCGCUGUCUAACGUGAAACAGGUGGUUCAUGUGAAGACGACCGAGGACUUUAAGAAGCUGGUGUGGCUGUCCCCGGGUUGUCGCUGGUAUGUAAUGCUGCUGCACAACCUGGAGGUGCUUAUCUCUUUUCUCGAUAUUGACCGGGACGCCUGGGACUAUGACGGCAGGUACGUGGUGGCAGCACUAUCGAUGUCACAGCUCAACAGGAUGAUCAGAACAGACAAAGGAAGGAAGACUCAACACUUCAUUGGAAUCGUCAAGUCCCGUCAGGAGUAUGAGUGGCGGCUGUACACCAAUCAACUCUACUGGGGCAAAGGUAUGCGACCCCUUACUACCUGGCGUGAACGCAGCUUCACCUCCAGUCCUGUCUUCUUCCCGGAUAAGCUGUCUGACCUGCGUGGCGCCACUCUUAGGACGGUGACCUUCCAGUGGGAGCCGAGCAUCAUGUAUCAGCGAGCGGGCACUGGCGAGAUAACACUGCGGUACGGUGUGGACAUUUCGGUCACUAGACUUCUUGGGCAGGCCAUGAAUUUCUCAGUGCGAUUUGAUGAACCAGCAGAUGGCGAACUCUGGGGGCGGCAGAAUGAAGACAGGUCGUGGACAGGCCUUAUGGGAGCGCUGGAUCGGGAUGAGGCGGACAUGGGCGUGGCCAACCUGUUCCUCUCCUAUCGAAGAAUUGGGGUGGUGGACUUCAGUCUCCCGUACGAUUUUGAAGAGUCGUGCUUCCUGGCCAGGACGGAACCACCCCUGCCUCGAUGGCAAGCUCUUUCAUUCCCUUUCCAUUGGGCCACUUGGAUCGCUAUUUUCGUUGGUCUUCUGGUCUCCGGCCCUCUUCUUUACGUCCUGAUCCUGGCAGGGCAUGGUGCUUCCUCUUGGCUUGACACAUACGGCCUCCACCUACGAGAGACACAGGUGCAUCCUCCACGUCGUGGUAGUACGCAGGUGCUGGUUUCCUUCUUCUGGUUGUAUACCAUGAUUCUGACCAUUGCCUACUGCACUAACUUGAUCGCCUUCUUGCUGGUCAACAAACUUCCUGCCUCCGUCCAGACUAUCAGAGAGUUGGGUUACUCAAAUCUCGAUGUUGUCGGCGUGGGCGAGAUCUUCAAGAAAUUACUAGUGGAGGCGAGCGACCCAAAUGUCAAAGUUUUAGCGGACAAUUACAAAACAGUAGGAUCGAAAGAGGAGGCCCUGAGGCAAGUGCUGAUGGGAAGAGCUGUUUUCCUUGAAAAUCAAGGUUUUGUCGAGUUCGUGGCUCAAACGAAGUUCAUCAAAGGCGGCGUUUCCCGCACUAGAGUGAUGCAGGAAUGUUUCGCGCCUCACUAUAUCGCAAUGGGACUGCAGCGCCGCACUCCCCUCAAGCAGAAGGUGGACGAAGUGAUAAGUUGGCUUCAACAAAGCGGGCUUAUUCGUCACUCUUUUGAAACCUCCUUGAGAAUGGCUGCCUCCAAUGAGAGGAACAAAGCCGCUGAUGAGGACGAAGGGGAGGUGGAGGAGGACGUCCUCACUGCGCUCAACCUGGACCACCUGCAGGGGAUCUUCUUCAUCCUCUUGGUAGGAUUCUUGCUGGCUGCGUUUUCCUUCUUUGGGGAGCGAAUUUCGUUUCCAAGAUACGCCUCUCAAGAGUAAUACAUUGCCGCAAAAGCAAAUCGACAAAACUCAUUAAAUAUCACCUUAUGCAAGCCGCAAAUCAGUAAACUUCUAAAAAUUUGCAGUUUGGCAAAUACAAACAAAUGUCAAUAAUUUGCAUCGCCUUCAGUAGCACAGCAUCAGCUCAAUUGUAUUAAGGAUAUUUAAAGUAUUUUCAUGAAGUUAGAAAACUUAUUUUUCAAAAGAUUGAAAUUAUCUUUAGUUAUUGAUCAAUGCCUGUUACAUCCUUUAUACUCUUUUCUGACAAACAUUGUGAUUUUAUGAAGCUUGGAAAUUCUAGCAAAAACAAGAUGUGACAUAUUAAACUUUAUUGUUAUGCAUAUUCUCUUUAAACAAUUAAAUCCCUGCACACUGUU